AUGUAUUUAAUGUACACUCAUUUUAUAAAUAUAGCAUCUUCAGGUUCUCCUUGUGCAUUAGAAAUUUCAUAAGCUGAUAUAUUUUAUGUAAACAAUACUAAAUUUGUAAACUUAAAUAAUAGUAAUUAAACAAAAACAGUUGAAAGUAAUAUAAUUUCAUAUUACUAAGGAGGUGCUAUUGGCAUUUAAAAUGUAAAGUAAACACAUAUAGAAUAUUCUUUAUUUUAAAAUUGCUCAUCUUCAAUGCAAGGGGGAGCAAUCUACUCUUCUCAAUAAAUAAAAGCAAACUUUAUACUAUACAAGUCAAAUUUUAUUGAUAAUAAAUCAAUUUAUAGCUCUGGAGGAGCUAUUUUUCUUUAAUUUUUAAGAGGAGUGAACAUUACAAAGUCUAAUUUCACAAAAAACAAAGCUUUAUUCUAAAAUGGUGGAGCGAUUUCACUAGAUACAUGCGAUCUAUUAUAAUUUUCAGAUGAUAUAUUUUCAUCUAAUGAAGCAAGUAUUGGAGGUUCUAUUUACCAUUACAAAGUUAAUUCUAAUCUGAUAAAAAAAAUUAAUCUUCUACAAAAUAAUAUAAUCUUUUGGCAUAACAAAGCAUCUUUUUAUGGGUAAAAUAUUGGAUCAAUUCCUUAAAAUAUAGGAAUAACAAAUAAACCUCAUUUAGAUUCUCUAAAAAUAGUAGAAGAAUACUCAAUUUACAAUAUCUCAAGUGGAAAUUACUUAGACAAAAAAUUAUAUUUAAAUUUUAUAGAUGAGGAAAACAAUUCUUUCAACUUUUUAGGACCUGAUAUUUUUUAUGAUAGAAGUUAAUUCUACUUUUAGCUUUACAUUUAAAAUAAUAGUUAAAUAGUUAUUUAGGAGGGAAUGAGUGCUUUGCUUAACAAAACAAUUGGAAUGUUUGAAUUAAACUUUUAAUCAUUUUACAAAAUAUCUUAAAAUCAAACAAUAAGCAUUAUUUCUAAUUAGUUUUAAUAAGGUGUAUUUCUAUCUAUUCCAUUACACUUGUAUUAUAGGAACUGCACAAUAGGAGAGAUUAUUUUAGAAAAAAAUUAAUUCAUUUAGUGCAGUUAAUGUGUUGAAGGGAGAUACUCAUUAAAAAUUCCUGAUAUGCAGAAUAAUAUCAAUAAACUUGAAUGUGUAUCAUGUCCAGAAUAAGCUCAUUUCUGUUAAGGAUCUGAAAUUUAGUUAAAGGAUGGCUACUGGAGAGAGAGUAAUUUAACAGAUUAGAUUUACACUUGUUUAUUAGAUAGUUGUUCUUUUAAUAAUCCUCAAAGUAAAAAUGGAUGCCUAACUGGAUUUGUAGGUCCUCUUUGCAAUAGCUGCGAUAAUAAAAAUAAGGUUUGGGGUCAAUAAUAUGGUCUUAAAGGUUAAAAUUGCUUUCCUUGCAGCUAACAAUUAAAUUAAAUAGCAUUCGCAUGCUUUUUUAUCAUUUUCUAUGUAUUUUAUAUAGCAUUCAGUUAACACAAUAUUAUUGCCUCUAAAAUAAGAAUUAUGAAGCUAAAAAUUUUUAAAUAAAUUUAAUUGCUGGUAACAAGUAACUUGAGUUCAUCUGCAAAUGAGUCUUCAUUAUUGUACAAAAUCUUCAUAAAUUAUUUGUAGAUUUUAUCAUGUAUAGCUAACUUUACCAUAUUAAACACAUAUUUCUUAUCGAAUCCUGUUAAUUUAUUUGGAAAUCCUAUUAAAAUAACAAUCAAUUCUUUAGACUGUUUAUUUAAAAUAAGUGAUAAAUAUCCUUUGUGGCUUAAUAGAAUAAUAAUUUAGAUAUUUUCUAUAAUCAUUAUUUGUCUCCUAACACUUAUUUUAUUACUGAUUAAAUAGCUUAGAUCAUAUAAAAAGAAGGAAUAAGCUCUUAAAAAAUUCCAUCAAAUGAUUAAAAUGACUUUAGUUUUCAUUUACAUUUUCUAUCAGCCAUCAAUAGUAAUUAACUAAAAUUUAAUCUUUAUUGGUUUUUAAAAAAUAAAAUUUAUUUAUUACAGCUAAAAAAUUGAAAACGAUUUCUUUAUUUUUAAAUUAAAUUUUAAUAAAUUUUAUUAUUUUAUAGUCUAAAAUACUGAUUGA